GCAGCGCGGCAGUUGUUCCGACACCAUCUCCAGGCCACUGAGGUUCCUGCUACGUACAGCGCUGUUUCUGCCGCCUCCAUGGAUUCAACCUGGCAAUGACAGUAUGGAGCGUCAGGGUGCUCCUCUUGGACCUUACCGGGCCACCAAGCUGUGGAAUGAAGUAACCACAUCUUUUCGAAUAGGAAUGCCUUUAAGAAAACAUAGACAACAUUUAAAAAAAUAUAGCAAUUGUUUCACUGCAGUUGAAGCAGUAGAUUGGCUUUACGAUCUAUUAAGAAGUAAUAGUAAUUUUGGUCCUGAAGUUACAAGACAACAGACUGUUCAGCUAUUAAGAAAAUUUCUUAAGAAUCAUGUGAUCGAAGAUAUCAAAGGUAGAUGGGGAUCAGAAAACCUUGAUGACAACAAUCAACUAUUCAGAUUUCCUGCAACUUCUCCACUUAAAACUUUUCCACAAAGACAUACAGAAAUCAAGAAAACCAACACAGAGUACUUUUCCAAAAACAAAGAUAGUAUUUUUAAAUUACGAAACUUAUCUCGUAAAACUCCUAAGAAGCGUGGAUUACAUUUCUCUCAGGAAAAUACAGAAAAGAUACAUCAUGAAAGAAUAACCAAUGAAGAUCAAGAAAAUGCACCUGACAACCAAGAAAUAAGCCAGGAAGAUGUUGAAGAAGUUUGGAGAUACAUUAUUUUGAUCUACCUGCAAACCAUUUUAGGUGUGCCGUCCAUAGAAGAACUCAUAAACCCAAACCAAAUAAUUCCUCAAUAUAUAAUGUACAACAUGGCCAACACAAGUAAGCAUGGAGUGGUCAUACUACAAGACAAAUCAGAGGAUCUUCCACACUGGGUAUUAUCUGCUAUGAAGUGCCUAGCAAAUUGGCCAAGAAGUAAUGACACCAAUAAUCUAACUUAUGUUGGAUUUGAACGUGAUGUAUUCAAAACAAUUGCAGAUUAUUUUCUAGAUCUCCCUGAACCUCUACUUACAUUUGAAUACUAUGAAUUAUUUGUGAACAUUUUGGUUGUUUGUGGCUACAUCACAGUUUCAGAUAGAACAAGUGGAAUACAUAAAAUCCAAGAUGAUCCACGGUCUUCAAAAAUCCAUGAUUUGAGCAAUUUGAAUUCCUUCAAAUCAACUGAGUGUCUUCUUCUCAGUCUGCUUUACAAAGACAAAAGCAAUGAAGAAUUGGAUUCUACUAAGAGACUACAAAGAAGUGAUCAAGGAUCUCAAGAAGGAUGUGCCAAGAAAUUGCAGCUAGUUAAUUUAAGAAACAGAGGAGCUAGCACUAAUGACAUAAUGGGAGGAAGCUGUCAUAAUUUAAUAGGCUUAAGUAAUACAAAUGCCUUGUCCUCUAACAUCAAACCAAGGUGCUCUUCUUUGGAAGGAAUUAUAGAUAUGCCAGUGAAUUCAAGUGAAAAGAAGUCCAGUAUCUUAUACCAAUCUGUUCUGAACACAGAAGAACAAAAUAGUAAACAAUCAUUAGUGUCUGCACCCAAACAGAAAUCCCUAUUUAAUCUUCACUCAGAGGAAAAUGUUCAGCAGCUCCACUGUGUUGGUUUUAAAAGAACCUCUGCUUUAACUGUUCAAGACCAAGAAGAGUUAUGUAAUGGAAAGUACAAGCCAAAACAGCUUUGUAGAUCUCAGAGUUUACUUUUAAGAAGUAGUACAAGACAGAAUUGUUAUAUCAAUAAACCAGUGGCUGAAAUUAUAAUGAAACCAAAUGUUGGACAAGGCAGUACAAGUGUACAAAGUGAGCUCGGAGGGUCUAGUACCACAAUCAAUAAAAGACUGUGCAAAAGUACCGUAGAACUUUCAGAGAAUUCUUUGCCUCCACCUGCUUCUGUGUUGACUGGCACACAAAGUUUGCUGCAACCUCAUUUAGAGAGGGUUGCCAUCCAUGCUCUACAGUUAUGUUGUUUGUUACUUCCCCCACCAAAUCGUAGAAAGCUUCAACUCUUAAUGCGCAUGAUUUCUCGAAUGAGUCAAAAUGUUGAUAUGCCUAAACUUCAUGAAGAAAUAGGUACAAGAUCAUUGAUGAUAAAUACUUUUUCUCGAUGUGUCCUGUGUUGUGCUGAAGAAGUGGAUCUUGAUGAACUUCUGGCUUCAAGAUUAGUUUCUUUCCUAAUGGAUCAUCAUCAGGAAAUUCUUCAAGUACCCACUUAUUUACAGGCUGCAGUGGAGAAACAUCUUGACUACAUUAAAAAGGGCCAUGUUAAAAAUCAUGGAGAUGGACUAGUUGUUCCUUUGCCAACAUAUUCUUACUGUAAGCAAAUUAGUGCUAAAGAAUUUGAUGAACAGAAAAUUUCAACUUCCCAAGCUGCAAUUGCAGAACUUUUGGAGAAUAUUGUUAGAAGUAAAAGCUUGCCUGUAAAGGAGAAAAGAAGAAAAUUGAAACAGUUUCAGAAGGAAUACCCCUUGAUAUACCAGAAAAGAUUUCCAACCACUGAGAGUGAAGCAGCACUUUUUGAUGAUAAACCUACAAUCAAGCAAACGAUGCUGAAUUUAAGAAACUCCAAGCUUCACAGUCUGCGUUACUGACUUAAAAUUUCAACAAAUGAAGCCAUAUAUGAGAAUAUUUCUACUUAAAAGGAAGUCUGUUGAUAUUAGUGUUUCCCUUAGAAGGACAUAUAAAAGGAGAUGAUAAAACAGUCUUUAUCUGUGCUAGGCUGCUAAAGCUACUGGAUCUUAGCUAAGUGCCUAAUGAAAGAUGAUACCAAAUACUUUAAUUAGAAAUUAUUUUUUAAUAUAAUGAUCUGGUAAGACUAUCAGAAUUGUAUCAUUCAGAUGAAAUUGUGGUGCUUUUUAAAAAGAAAACGUGCCUGUGUCUAUAUGUAUAUUAGCCAAAGAACUGGUUGUUUAGGAUUGCUUCUUUAUUUAUAAGUAUCACAUCAUGAAAAAUAUUGUACUCUUUUGUAUAAUCUUUUUAUACUUAUGAUCUAUUUAACUGUAUAUGAACAUACUUGUAGCUUGGUUUUUUUUUUUUGGUCUUUGGUUUAUUGGGGACAAAAGGUGGUCGUUUUUGAGAUAAAGUCUCCUUUUGUACCCCAUUCUAACCUCAAACUCAUAUUCCUCCUGCCUUAUUCUCCUGAGUGGUAGGAAUACAUGUGUGUACCACCAUUCCUGGCUUAUAUAUGUGUUUCAAAACUAUGUUUGUGUGAGAUUUUUGUUUUCCUCUAAAUAUUAUCUUGACUAUUUCAGUCUUUUUUUCAGAAAUAUGUUUUGAACCCUUACAUUCAUUAUCUAUUCUAAUACUGAAAUAGAUGUAUAAUCGUUAUUUAGCAACAGAAUCAUUGUUUCUUAAAUGUUGAGGCUGUGAUGAAUAAAGCAAAAUUUCCUCUCUUAA